UGUCAAACCCAACGAAUGACCACAUCAGCCAGCUAGCACUAGCAUCCCCGGCGGACAGACUGCUAACGUUUAACGUUUAUUGUUUGCUACCGUUCCUAUAACGUCGAUAUCGUUUCAUAAACUGCUUACUUGUGAGACAGCGGGCAUUGAUUUUGCAUUCCACAAAUAAUGGCCGAUCCCAAAUACGCCAAUUUGCCAGGCAUCGCUUUUAACGAGCCAGAUGUUUACGAAACCGGAGACCUUCCAGAAGAUGACCAGGCCCAGUUUGAGUCGGAGGAGCUGUGCAGCGACAGCGUGGAGAGGAUUGUGGUCAACCCCAACGCAGCGUUUGACAAGUUUAAAGACAAGCACAUCAGCACCAAAGGACUUGACUUCUCAGACAGAAUCAGUCGGAGCAAAAGGGUGGGCUACGAGUCAGGAGAAUAUGAGAUCCUGGGAGAGGGCAGUGGAGUGAAGGAGACGCCUCAGCAGAAAUACCAGCGGCUGGUGAACGAAAUCCAGGAACUCACUCAGGAGGUGGACGCCAUCCAGGCCACCACCAAGGACAGCAGCGCGGAGGAGCGCCUCAACCCGGUGGCCCUGGCCCAGCAGGUGGGGCAGCUCAAGCAGCAGCUGGUCUCGGCCCAUCUGGACUCCCUGCUGGGACCCCAGGCCCACAUUAACCUGGCCGACCCCGACGGAGCGCUCGCCAGGCGUCUGCUGACCCAGCUGGAGACGGUGAAGGCCGGCCGUGGCGGCGGCGGGGCCACCGGGGAGGGCAAGGCGGCGGGGGCCAAGGCGCCGGACGGAGCCGUGCUGUACGAGCUCCACAGCCGGCCCGAGCAGGAGAAGUUCAACGACGCCGCCAAGAUGGCAGAGCUGGAGAAGCGCCUAGCCGAGCUUGAGAUGGCUGUCGGCUCGGGAUCAGACAAACAGGGCCCGCUGAGUGCUGGGGUACAGGGAGCCAGUUUGAUGGACACCAUGGAGUUGCUGCAGGCAAGAGUCAAUGCCCUGGACUCAGCCACUCUGGAUCAAGUUGAAGCCAGAUUGCAGAGCGUCCUUGGGAAGAUGAAUGAAAUUGCAAAGCACAAGACAGCGAUUGAGGACGCUGAUACGCAAAACAAAGUGUCGCAGCUGUACGACGUGGUGCAGAAGUGGGACGGCAUGGCCACCUCUAUACCCCAGGUGGUGCAGCGAUUGGUGGCUGUCAAGGAGCUGCAUGAGCAAGCCAUGCAGUUCGGCCAGCUGCUGACCCACCUGGACACCACCCAGCAGAUGAUCAACAACUCUUUGAAGGACAACGGCACGCUGCUCACUCAGGUGCAGCAGACCAUGACGGAGAACCUGAAGGCGGUGGAGGAGAACUUCUCCUCCCUGGACGACAGGAUGAAGAAGCUCUCCAAAUAGAGGAGGAGCUGGAGGUUGAAAACGGUUCCGGAUGGGGAGGGAUGGAGGGGGGAGUUGAGGCAGGGGAGGGGCCUCUGUCUCUUUAGCUCUCUGCCUUAUUUUGCUACGCAGAUCAACACUUAAGAUGGAUAUCAGACCAAAUGUUUUCCCUCUGCCCUCGCACUGACUCUUCUCUUUCAUGAUUCAAAUCAUCCGAAUUGAUCCUCCCCUUGAAAAUGCUUCUUUCGUUUUUGUGUCCGCCCUAUCCAAGUCACUGAUUGCAUUUCUGUUUAUCAUUAUUGAGUUUGAGACUGGACUGGAUGGUUUUUACUAAUAUGACAGCUUAAUCCACUACACAUCAUCCAGUCCCAGUUUAUUUGAGCAUACGGAACACACUCCGAGGUUAAAAGAGUAUCAGCAUCCAGCAACGGCACCUGAAAGAUGAUAGAUCUACAUUCUGAGCCGGGCUCAAUAUCUGGAUCCAUUAUCUUGAAGUAAGAGCAGGAGCACAUGGAUGCGUACUGUGUGUGUGUGGGGUUGGGGGAUGAUGUCGAGUCAUGGAUAGGCAAACUUGUAAAUAUGCCUGCGUAUCUUUUUCUUCAUUCCUCGUGCUCAGUCGCUUGUAACUAUUAUAAUUAUUAUGACUGAGCUCAGAAUGCCACGCAAACAUUUUAAUCGCAUUCUCGUCUUCGCCUACAAACAAGACUGUAUUGUUCAUCAUCUGUGGUCAUGGAAACAGAAAACUUAAAUAAAUGACUCCCAAGCUUGA